AUGUGGGCAAGCUUACCGGGCCAUGAUGUAACACUAGUUGGGUUCGGUAAAGUUCAUGGAGGAUUCUCUCCCUCUGCUGCAUUUUCCUCUUACCACUCUGCUGCAUAUCUGCUUGUUGGGUGUACCACCUGUGGGGCUUGUGGCAUGUUGCUGGUGUUUGUCUUGUUGUUUUAUCUAAAUGGUGGUUGUGUUGUUGGUGUUGCUGCUUCUAUUUGA